GUGUGUGUUGGGGGAGGACAGAAUGCACUUUCUUGAAAGGAGGGGUGCCUUUUUCUGGGUCUCUUUCUAGCUCUUCUUUGUCCUCUGUGUUUAUAGACUUCAUAUGUUUCAUUGUCAUAUUUUGGUUAGCCUGAUCAUUCUUUUUAUCAGCUGUUUAAUUAGCCAAAAAUUGUUCUAUGAAUCCUGACAUUUGUCUCUCCCCCCACCCCCCUUUCUCUCUUCCAGGGUCUUAUUCAACCAAUCCGGACUAGCUUCAUCCAAUUUUUUUUUCUCUCUCGUCCCUUCCUUGUUUCUUUGACUAUUUUUCUCCCAUUCUCUUAUUUGGAAUAUUCCUGCAUUUUUAAGAUCUCAAGAUGGUGCAGAAGAAAACCGAGCUUAAAGGCUUCCAUCUUUCUUUUAAGGGCCAGAAUCCUUUCGACCUGGAAUUCUCUCAGUCCACUCACCUGGAAUCUGUCUUCAAUUUUGAAUGUUCCACUCGGCCCGAUAUGCCUUCGAGUCAGCCCAUCGACAUCCCAAAUGCCAAGAAAAGAAACAAGAAGAAAAAACGCUGCCGAGCUACGGACAGUUUUUCAGGGAGGUUUGAAGAUGUUUACCAGCUCCAAGAAGAGGUCCUCGGAGAAGGAGCACAUGCAAAAGUCCAGGCCUGUGUUAACCUCAUUACUAAUAAGGAGUACGCAGUGAAGAUAAUUGAGAAGCGCCUUGGACACAUCCGAAAUCGGGUAUUUCGAGAAGUGGAAAUGCUGUACCAGUGCCAAGGACACAGGAACAUCCUGGAGCUGAUCGAGUUUUUUGAAGAAGAGGACCGGUUCUACCUCGUGUUUGAGAAGAUGAGAGGAGGCUCCAUCUUAACCCAUAUCCACCGUCGACGCCAUUUCAAUGAACUAGAGGCCAGCAUGGUGGUGCACGACAUAGCCAGUGCCCUUAAUUUCUUGCACAAUAAAGGAAUAGCACAUAGAGAUUUAAAACCAGAAAAUAUUCUCUGUGAGAGUUCAAAUCAGGUGUCCCCAGUGAAAAUCUGUGAUUUCGAUUUAGGAAGUGGGAUCAAGCUGAAUGGUGAUUGUUCUCCCAUCUCCACCCCAGAGCUUCUCACUCCGUGCGGUUCAGCAGAAUAUAUGGCUCCAGAAGUGGUGGAGGCCUUCAGUGAAGAAGCAUCCAUCUACGACAAGCGCUGCGAUUUAUGGAGCUUGGGAGUCAUUCUGUACAUCAUGUUGAGCGGUUACCCCCCUUUUGUGGGUCACUGUGGGACCGACUGCGGCUGGGACCGUGGUGAAGCAUGUCCUGCUUGCCAGAAUAUGCUGUUUGAAAGCAUCCAGGAGGGGAAGUACGAAUUCCCGGAUAAGGACUGGGCUCACAUCUCUUUUGAAGCUAAAGACCUCAUUUCAAAGCUUCUUGUAAGAGAUGCCAAAAAGCGUCUGAGCGCGGGCGAAGUCCUCAAGCAUCCUUGGGUACAAGGGUGUGCUCCUGAUAACACGCUCCCCACUCCAAUCAUCCUACAAAGGAACAGCAGUGCCAAAGAGUUGACCUCGUUUGCCGCCGAAGCCAUUGCUGUCAACCGUCAGUUAAUGCAGCACGAGGAGGAAGCUGCGGAGGAGACUCACCCCAUCAUCAUCAAAGCUACCUCAUGCUCUAUGCACCUCUCUCCUCCUUCCGAAUCCAAGCUGGCCAAACGAAGACAGAAGACAAGCAUGGCUAAAGCGAACCCCGCCCAGCAUCUGGUGGCCCCCUUGGUCUUGGUUGGGGAUCACAUGUGACUGCCUUUCGUUCUAUACGUCCAUUCUUCCAUUCUCCCCCCCUCACCUCCCUCACCCCUUUGUGUCAUUUCGGACAAAAAAGGUCUGCUUGAGUAGCUUAACAAAAGAUCAAGAUCAAGUUGGCUGGUUUCCAAGGAUUCUUUUCUGUCUUUGAUCUUGUUCCACAGGAGCUGUUUUGUUUCUUGUUCCUUUUAUUUUUUCUCUCUCUCUCCCUCCCUCUCUCUCUCUCCCCCUCUCUUUUAAGCUAUUUAAAUUCUGUUCCUCCCUUCCCUUGUUUCCCCAUCUUCCCAGUGCAUUUUGAUAUACACGUAAUUUUUGCUUAAAAAGUU